GUCGGUGUUUGGUCCACGUGUGUUGUGUCUUGUGUCGUGAUGUUCAUCCCUCGUCACCCGCGUCAUCCCUCGCCGCUCACCGUCCCCGGGCCGCCACGAGGAGAGGUGAAGAUCUGUGGCUGCAAGACAUCAGGCAAAGAGUACCAAAACAAUCCAGUACGCGCGGCUGCACAGAACACCUUUGUUCAGAAUCCUGCGGGUGGCAUGCGGGACGUGGCGCGGUGAGGCCCAGCGAGGUCCUCCGAGUAACCAGCACCAACUUGGGCCAUUAGCAACUCCCUGAAGGAGACAGGGCGUGGCUCUGGGGACGCCGACUCAUUCUUAAAAGCUUCUCUCGUUGAGCCGCUGGCUUUCCUGCCUCUUUUUUUGCAACAGGGUAGAAAAAGAGAAUACAGGAGGAAAGGGAGGCCGUUCUUUUAUCCGUAUUCCAUAAUCUCUUUUCAAGGUGGUCAGUCGUUUCUUAUGUGUAUAGCCGUUGGCAGGCAGAAGAAACUCGUCGUUAAAUAGAUAUUCCUCUUCCACUUAUUGAUCCUCCUAUUUAUCCUUACUCUUCCUUACCCUCCUCAUGGCGCCCCGCGUGGAAGAUGAUUGGUCGUCCACAUUAUGAAAGAUAAUAAAGGAGAAAAAAACUUCACAUCGUCGUCAUCGUUGAUUGGCCGGCGCUGUGGACGUCGAACACGGAGCUUCACCACCAAGUCAAGUAUCAUCACCUCCAACACCACCCCGGAGUAACCACCCCGGGCAUUCCCCGCGUUCUGAUCGGCCGCUGGUUCUCUCCGGAGAGUAUCCAUGGGUCCAGAAUAAUCACCCCGGGAAUUCCCUUGGCGCGAGAAGCAUCCAGUCGAUCGAGUAAUAUAAUACUACCUAAUUAAGGUUCGCAGGUCGGAAGCCUCUCAAAAGCCGCCUCAUUGAUCGCUUCCCUCUCACUCCUUUAAUUAAUUCAGUCCCUAACCCACCCUCUCCCCAACCGGCGGCUACUUGUAACUCAUCUCCCAUUGAUCAGUCAGCACGAAGAAAGCGUAGACUGGUCUUUGUAUGGGCGACGCGUGAAGGCCACACGGGGCGAGAGAGACCCCAUGUGAUUGGCCGCGCGAGUGUGGAGACUGUCCAGGGGUGAGAUUGUCUGCCGGGGCAAUAGAGAGCGAGCCUGCUUUCCUACCUCUCUUCCUUGCUUGGCCGAGAUGCUGAUGCGAGUCAACAAAAUUACUAAUUAGAGCGCCAGCGAGACACAGGAGAGAUGGAGGAGGAAGAGGGGCACAACAAAUGAUACUGCAAUUACCGUGAAGCAUCCAUGAGGAAAAUCCUCAUUGGGAAAAAGUAUUCUAAAAGUUGCGAGUAUUUGCCUUCUGGUUGUAUGGGUGCACGAGGACAAGAAGAGCCGCGGAGAAAGGCGGAGGAGGAGGCGGCAACAAGAGGAAGAGGAAGCAAGCCGCACACCAACCCGCCGAGCCUGUCCAGGAAAAGUUUGUGAGAAUUCUUGCGAAAAAUUACCCGUUGCUCGGGUGAGGAUUGCCGGUGGCGCGUUGUUUUUAGAUAAGUGUUUUUGUGUCCUGCCUGUGGGAAAGAGGAACCGAUUUCCAUGAGCCAGUGACGUCAACCAAAGAAAGAAAUGUGUGACUGGCAGCGCUUCGAGGCCGAAACUUGACCAUUUUGACACUUUUGUUGUAGGAAAAGUGAAGGAAAGGACAACGCAAAACAUGUGUUAUUGCUGAAAGAGAAAGUGAAACGACACCCCCCCCAAAAAAAUUCAUUGACUAACUUUACAGAUAACGAAAGACGGACGAUUGACCUCUGGCCCAGGUGUAUCAGGAAGGAAGACGUGCGUGGCGCUGGUGUGUGUCGGUGCCUCUGUACGUGUGUGGGCGUGAGUGUUUGUAGGCGCUUCAGGUAUCAGUGGGCGGGGCGGCAGCCACACACACAACACAUGAAGGCGAGGAUCCAAUCCGUAACGAGUAAGGAAGCGGCUUUUUGGUCUCGCUGUUGGCACUCCUCGCGCCCCUGGCUCGUGGAAUCGGCAAUAUAUCGCAUCCACUGACUGCCCGACACUCCCGCCUUGACGCUAUCUGGAAGGGACACAAAUUGGACAUCAGUACAGCUCACCCCGAGACUAUCCUACCACCAUCACCACUACCACCACCACCAUCUCCACCAUCACCACCACCACCAUGAACACGCCCACCACUAACACCUCAGUAAGGCCAGGGUGUGCACCGCGGAUCCAGCUGGAUGAAAUCAGUGUAUAUUGAUCACCUCGUUCUUGACAUCCACGCACGCACGCACGCACGCAACAAAUAUCCUGCAAACUCAGCCGGGGAACAUUAUCCGUUAUAUAUGCCAUCUUGUUCGUGUUUCUCCCAAGGCAGUGUAAAAAUCUGGCUCACUUCCUGAGCGACGCGGAUGACGAGCCCUUGCGCCUCCAACCCCGCCCCGCCACACACCCCGCCUCAAAACACGCAAAGAACUUGUCCGUGUCUGUGAGGGUCUGUGAGUGCCUCCGCGACGUGUGGGACGUGUAACAGACGCACUCACUCAAGGUGGAGAGAAAUAAGAAAAUAGAGACAGGUAGUUUAGUGAUGAUAGUGCCGUGAAGGCGUGUGCUAACGCCUCAUCUCUGCUGUGCUUGGGGCGUGUACCUGUGCAUCGCCAACCGUUCACCAUCACCUCCACCACCACCGCCGCCGCCCACAAUGCUACCCUCACCAGGGCACCUUCUCGCCCUCCUCGCCUGCUGCCUCGGUGUCACCCUCACCCCCGCCGCAGCUUAUCGUAAAGGCGUGUGGCGGCGCGUUGAGGCCGUGGCGGGGCGCGAGGCGGUGCUGCCCUGCGAGGUGGGUAACUUUGAAGCAUCAGACAUGGUGUAUGUGGUGCUGUGGUACAGGAACGGCGACAAGGAGCCCAUCUACAGCUACGACAACCGGCCGGGCCGCCUGCAGGCCACUGAGGAGCGCCACCUGGUCAAGAGUCGCCUGCUGCAGGGUCGCGCUACCUUCCGGCCGGGCCACCUGCCGGCGCUGCACAUCAAGCCGGUGGGGAGCAGCGACCAGGCCAACUAUACCUGCAGGGUAGACUUCCGGAUAGCCACGUCACGGCGCACACACCUGAGCCUUCACGUGGUGGUGCCGCCGGAGCCGCCCGUCCUGAGGGCCGGGGGUCAGCGGGCGACGGACGGGGUGCUGGGGCCGCUGCAGGAGGGUGGCGCCUUGGAGAUCACCUGCAGCGUGGCGGGUGGCGACCCUCCGCCCUCCGUCGUGUGGAGGCGGGACGGGGAGGUCCUGGAUGCCACUUCGGAGUCGCGGUCCCCGGCACUCACGGUCAACCUGUUCAGCGUUCUGCGACUCACACGGGACUACCACAACGCCAGACUCACCUGCCUCGCCUCCAACAACAACGUCACCAGCCCCGCCAGUGCCUCCGUCACCGUCAAGAUGAACUUGCGGCCGCUGGUGACAAGGAUAGAGGCACCACCCAAGUGGCUUCGGGUGGGCCGCGAGAUCGAGAUCUCGUGCGUCGUGGCGGGCAGCAGACCACACCCCAACGUGACCUGGACACUCGGCACUCUCACCAGCCUCACGCCCCUCCCUGCCGAGACGGAGCACGGGGUCAACGUGAGCACUUCAUGCGUCAAGGUGGUCGCCUCCCGCCGCCACCACGGCCAGCGCCUCACCUGCACCGCCGUCAAUCCGCUCUUCCCCGGCGCCAGACUCUCUGACUCCACGCUGCUCAACGUCACCUACCCCCCCGUGGCCACAAUGGAGCUUGGUCGCGGCGUGUCCCCGAUCGUGAAGGAGGGCGAGGACGUCUACUUCAACUGUAACGUGGAUUCCAACCCGCCGACCUACAAGAUCUCGUGGUUCAGGAGGAGCCAGGCCAUCCUGCAACCCCGCACAAGGCAUCCUGCUCAGUGGCAACAGCCUGGCCCUGCGCAGCAUCACCAGGCAUCAGGCGGGGCCCUACACCUGCUCCGCCUCCAACGUCGAGGGGACGCCCACAGCCCCCUGCUCACCCUCCACGUCAACUGUGAGUGUUGA